AUGAAGGUGACUUCUCUCCCACCCCGAUCUGUCUUCCUUGCUCUCUCUUUUCUUCUCGUUCUGUCUCUGAUUGUCCGUCCUCAGUUCCUCUCAUGGUGCUCUGCGACCGCGUGGAGGCUCCACGGCGCUGAUUCGCCUGCCAUACCAGGAAGGUCAGUUUCGUUUCUUUGGACACCGAGGUCUCGGCAGUUCGCCCUCACUCCCCGUAUUUCUAAUCGGCUCUCCGUUUCGACAAACGCGCCGCGUUUUUGGUCGUGUCGUCGUUUUGACAGCGCCUUUCUCUCUUUCCCGUUCCCAAGCGCCUUUCCUCUGUCUCUCGGCGCGUUCGUUUCUCCUCCUCCUCUCUUCCCUCUUCCGGGCGUCAUGUUUUUUCUUCCCCCCCACAACUUUACGCGCUCUUCUUCUCCUUCUUCCUUCCCCUGUCCUUCUCUCCCUCUGCCCUCUCUGCGGCAAGGAUCUUUCGUACGGUCUGCUUCCAGAGAGUACACGAGUCCAUGCCGCUCUCCUCCUGCAAACGUCCUCAGGAGUGCUUUCAUGUUUUCGCUCCCCUCUACGGCCUUCCCUGACGCCCACAAGACAGCUUGGAUCGCUCCUUUCCUGCCUCCUUCGUUCGCGCGUUUUUCCCCUCUGUCUCCUUCUCUGUGUCGGAUGGAGAGGAGCACGCUGCAGAGCAGGCGAAAGAGUAGUCAUGAGAGUGGAGAGAAGCAGGACAAGAAACAGCGGGAAAAGAACAGGAAACGCGGGCGAGGCGAGGACGAGGAGAAGGAAGAUCCAUUUACGAACUGGAAAGAAGACUCGUUUCUCAACAGAACGAAUGAGUCGCUGCAAGCCGCGACAGAAAGAGUGAAGCAACGCCUGGCUCACCUCCGGCCGGAAGCUGCCAGCGUCUUAGCUCUCGAGAAAAUCUUUCUCCGCGUGCCUGGGGCGGCUUCCUCUGGGUCGGCGGACGCCCAGGCUCCUGUCUCCGUUCGGUCCAUCGUGACGGUGAAGCAAGUGUCUCCUUCGACCCUCGCACUCCAGCCUACCACCAGCUCUUUCCAGCUCUUGGCGGCGAUUGAAAAGGCUUUGUCGACUGCCUCUCUUGGCUUGUCAGUUCGCACGCGAAACGCCGACGAGAAGGGAACGAAGCGACAGAUGGAACUGCUCGUGGACUUUCCGCCUCUCACUCAAGAGCGGAGACUCCAACUCGUGAGCGAAGCGAAAGCGGAGGCUGAGGAGGGUCGCGUCGUCUUGAGACGGCUCCGUCGCGAUCUUGUAGAGGAGCUUCGCGGUGUCAAGAAGGCAGGGGGGAUUGGUGAGGAUAGAAUUUCGAAACUUCAAGACCGCGUGCAGCAGGUGACGGAGAAGAAGAUUGCGGAGAUCGACAGCGCCCUUGCCUCCAAAGAAAAACAACUCCGAACGGUCUAG